AUGACUGGUAAAAAUUCCGGUGUCGUACAGCGUAUUAAAGCAGUAGCGCCUUUGGCUGUAUCGUACCACUGCAUCAUACAUCGUGAAGCACUUGCUGCAAGACACAUAAGUGAAGAACUGCAUGACGUCUUGUUAACCGCAAUAAAAAUUGUCAACUACAUAAAAACACGUUCACUGAACACACGUUUAUUUGAAAUAAUUUGUUCAGAAAUGGGUUCAGAACAUCAGCAUUUAUUGUUUUACACAGAGGUGCGCUGGCUGUCAAGAGGACGCGUUUUGCAGAGAUUUUUUGAGUUGAGAAAUGAAGUGAGUCUGUUCCUGUUACAAAAGAACUCGGUAAUGAAUGUUUAUCUAUGUGACGCAACAUGGCUUGCAAAACUGGCUUAUCUCGUAGACAUUUUUAAUGCUCUCAACGAUUUAAAUCCCAGUCUACAAGGCAGAGAUAGUGACUUAUUUAAACACAUGGAUAAAGUUUCAGCUUUUGUUAAGAAACUUAGCCAAUGGAAACUACGUGUAGAACAGCAACGUCUAGAUAUGUUCCAGUACUUCAGCGAGUUUGUUGCUCAAAAUCCUGAUUCCAGCAUACAGGAAGAUAUUUCUAAAAUUAUUGUGAAUCAUCUAAAAUUGCUUGAAGAAAACUUUGUUCAUUAUUUUCCCGAGGAUAAUGCGACAAAAGAAAGUAGUUGGAUACGAAGUCCGUUUACAACAGAUAUAACCGGCUUGACUUUGACUGCUCAAGAAGAAGCAAAUUUAAUUGAACUGUCAUGUGACAGCACGCUUAAAGCUCGAUUUAUUGAAAACAGUUUGUUAAGUUUUUGGAUGUACGCUUAUGCUGAAUAUCCUGAGCUCGCAAGCAGGGCAAUUUCCGCAUUGCUGCCAUUCUCGAGUACAUAUUUAUGUGAAACUGGCUUUUCUGCAAUGACUGCUAUCAAAACAAAAUACAGAAAUAGACUGGAUGCUCAUAACGACCUGAGACUUUCUCUUUUGAUGAUUCAGCCCAGAACUGACAAACUUGUAAACAGUAUGCAGUCACAUCCUACUCACUGA